AUGAAGAAGUGCAUCGAGCACCUGACUCACGAGAACAAUCCAAACCCAAAGAAGAGAAAGGUUGUGCCCGAAGAGGAUUCUUCUUCAAGUGAUGAUGAUGAUGUUGGUGGUGGACUUAACUACACAACUUUUUGUGGUCUUCGGGAACAAGAAUAUCAAAAAGAUAAAAAAGAUGAUGAGGAUCAGAGAGAGCGGUUUGCUCAAAUGCCCAAAACUGAUUUGAUCGGAUUAUUCUUUGAUGAUAAAUUAAAGUAUCAUCGCCCUCCUAUUCAUUUCGAUCCCGAGUUGGGAACAUUAAUUUCGUGUUCUGCAAAACCCUCAAAGAAGAAACGAGAAAAAUUUCAAAAAACAGUAUUUGGAUACUGUCGAGAGUGUAACGAGAAGGUGAAUGGUGGACUGCAAGCCAUGAAGGAACACAUUUUAUCAUGCCCAAAAUUGAAUGAUUUUAAGGACAACGACAUUUGUCAAGAUGUUGUGAUGAGAUUUAAGAUUUAUCAAAAAUAUGCUGAUAACUGGAACAAGAUUUACGAGAGUGAUGAGGAUUUUAUGGAUAACGAGGUUGAUAACAAGCAUAUGGAUGUUCCAAUGUACAGAGUAUUCAAACCUUCAGAUGUUGGAAAGCAAUUCUGCUACACCUAUGACUUCGGAAGCUCUACUUAUUUGGAGCUCGAACUCAUGUCCUUGUCAAAUGAAACAAGGAACACAAUCAAGCUAGAGUAUUGGCAAGGAAUAACCCUCCCAAGUACAAGUGUUGUCAGUGCAAGAGAGAUGCCGAGUGGGUGGAGACAACUGAGUUUGACAUGUAUUGUCACACAUGCCAAAUAA